AUGGAGACCACAGCAGCAUACACGUACCCAUUGACAGACUAUCAACCUCUUGGCACGAAUAUGGAAGUCAACGACGGUAUCUUACCAUUCGAUGCUUCCCCGGAUACCAUGUUCACCGAUCCCUUCCAUUCAACCGGGGUUCCAAUGGACUUCAUGCCGCAGAGCGAGCCAACACCCUACCCAGCCAUGCUCCACCUCCAAGGGCAACCAAGUUACCCGGAAUCGAAAUCUCCAUUAGCCAUCUCUCCAUCGGUGACGGAGAGCGGCAACGGCAUCAACAGCGCACAAUCUACAGCCGAUUCAAUCGAACCAAAGAAUGUGGACCAGCCGCAACCACAGCCCCCCAAGAAGCGUGGCCGUCCCAGGCGUAGCCGGGCAAAGUCGUCCGCCGACACGAAAUCUUCUCCGGCAAAAGUACGAAAGGCGUCAAAAACUCCUUCACGGAAAGACAGCACUAAGCAGUCCGAUGAUAGUUCUGACCACGGUAGCGACAAGAGCCAUCUCCGAGCGCGGAACCGUGUUGCCGCCGCCAAGUUUCGUGAACGCAAGAGGGAGUCAGUCGGCAAGCUCAAGGACAAGGAGGAGUGCGCCCGCGCAGCGAACCGCGUGCUUGCGGACGAGAUUGCCCAUCUGAAAGAGGAAACUUUGCAGCUCAAGUCCAUGGUCCUGGAGCAUGCCGGCUGCGGGUGCGGCCACAUCGACGAGUAUAUCAAGCAUGCCGCUUCCGGCCUGGCGCUCAGCGCAUCUUCCCCUGCUGGCUCGGUUUCUACCGCUCUUUCAGGAUCUGGCUGUAUACCGGGCUCUAGCCUUGGUCCGCGUUCUUCUUCUGGCAUUGGUUUCCGCCCUAGCCCAGGCUGCGGUUCUGCCUCAAGUCACGCUGGACCAUCGAUCGCGUAUGAGUAG